UCUCUCUCUACCAUCAAGCGCCUUUCGCCUCGCAGGGAGCAGGCUGCCCUCGCGAAAUAUAAUUCCUCUCCCCCUUUAGUCCUUUACUGCCGCUUCUCACUCCUCGAUCGCCGCCAUCAUCACCGCCAUCCUUCCUCCUCUCCACGCCUGCUCCCUCUCUCUUCGCUUCUCGUCUACUUAAGUGCCACUUGCGCAACCCUUCCGUGCUUCCUUUCUUGCUUGCCAUCCUCUCCACGCGCGCCACCACCACACUGCCAUUGCCGUCUAUCUCGAUCAUUCAACAUUUUUUUUUUGCCUCGGCCAAUUAAUUGAUGGGCCUCGAGCUGGAGCUGCUGUCCAGCAAGCUCCCGCCGAUACGGACGGCGAGUCUGGGCGGCGGCGGCGGCGACAUUGCCGUGAUCGAUGGGUGCUCCACGCCGACGCUGGCGGAUAGCGUUCUGCCGGCGCCGUUGGUGUGCCCACCGGCGCCGAAGAAGCCGAGGCCGCCGGCCGCCAAGAUAAGGAAGCUGCAGCGCCGUGGUCACCGCUACGGACCGGCAGCACUGCGACCCGAGCCUGUCCGGUGGAUUAUUGCCGUGCCCCAGGAGGUCCUUGCCGCGGUGUUCGUCGCUCGGCCCGCCGCGUCGGCGCCGUGCCCGACGACGUCGCAGCCAGCAAGCAAGAAGAUCCGCGUGCACGUCGUGGGAUGACGGACGCAGGAGAGCUUCCUGCUUGAUCGCAGCUGCAUUCUUCGAGUACUAUACUACUAUAGGUGUAUGCAGAUGCAUUGAGGUCGUCCAUGGCGCCCUGGCUAGCCGCCCAUGCAUGCAGUUCUUGGCUCGCCAGGAGAGAGAGAGAGAGAGAGAGAGAGAGAGAGAGAGAGAGAGAGAGAGAGAGAGAGAGAGAGAGAG